CGAGAGUACCUUUUACCUCACUUUCAAGAAGUGUUCAGUUCAGCGGGAGGAAUAGUCAGUGAUUUCGUGAACGAAAGAGUUUACAGAUGGAUUUAAAAGAUGCAGAGAUUGCUCGCCUGAAGGCAGAAAACGAGGCUCUGGCUGAUGAACUGUCUCAGUGUCAGGCGGACAAAGAGUUUGUUUGGUCACUAUGGAAACGGCUACAGGUGGCAUCACCUGACAUCACCCAGGCCAUCAGCCAAGUCAUACAGAGAGAGAAGGAGAAGGCAGAAAUAAAGGACAGGAAAGUCCUGGACAUUUUGCAGACCAAGGACAACAAGAUACACGAACUUGAAGAACUGAAGACGAAGGAGAGAAAGGAGAAAGAAAAUGAGGAGCACAGCAAAACCCUGGUGGACAGUCUUCAGCAGGAGAAGGAAGAUCUGAACAGGAGAAUCACAGACCUGAUUGUUGAGUUAGAAACAGACAAGGAAGAGAAGACGGAACUGUUGGGAUCAAAAACAUCUCUGGCAACAAAGAUAAAGGUAUUGGAAGACGAGGUGAGAGGUUUAAACACCCGAGCAGAUAGGCUCACACGAGAGUGUGCAGACCUGAGGGAGAGACUGACUUCCUCUGACCAACAGCUGGAACAGACAGGCAGAGAACUCGACAACAAAAGUGGAGACCUGGAGAGAACAAGGAAAGAGCUGGUUGAGCUGCAGAACACCCACAGGCUGUGCUCGGAACAGGCGGCACAACAGGCCGAACUCAUCAGGCAGCUACAGACGCUACAGCUGGACACACAGAAGGUUCUGAGGAAUCAAGAGGAUGCCCACAACUUCGAGGCUACUUCUUAUCAGAAGAUGUAUGCUGAGCUCAGUGUACAGUUCAACUCCCUCCAGGCUGCAGAGAUGGCACUGAGACAACAACACCAGGAGCUGCUGGCUGACCUGAGGGAGAGAGACGAGCUGAUUGUGGAGCUGAGAGAUUCCCUGAACAUCUCCAGAAACACGGGAACACAGGCCAACCUGCACCCCAGGGAUCAGGACACCCAGGUGACUACAGAUGCCAUCCAGCUGGAGUGUCGGCUGGAGAGUCAGGACACGGAGAUCCAGCUGCUGAAGGACAAACUCAGGGAGAGGAACAGGCAAUUGAAAAGUCUUGAGAAGGGAACAGCUUCUUCUCCUGGGGCCUCACCACUUCAGAGGGGAAGAAAGGGUGGUGCAGGAGGAAGAAUCCCAGCUAGGGCGAGAUCCCUGUCUCCUAACCGUAAGAUGGGGGUGAUCGAGCAGCAGAGGAGACUGGACACCGCCGAGAAAAAAGCUGCAGAACUCCUCAAGAAACUCAAACUCAAGGACAAUGAGUUGACUGAACUGAAGAAGGCUCACGACAACCGACUGAACCGGCUGAGAGCUUUACAGUCCAGCCACCGCAUCCUCAAGGAACAGAUCAAGACUUAUGAGGAACACGAGAAGAGUGGAAAGCGUGUGAAGGCUCGUCGGUCGGACCCGCGCAGCCUUCAGCAGGAGGACAGCGACACGGUGUGGAACGAGCUGACUUACUUCAGACAGGAGAACAAGAAACUCAUGCUCGAGAGAAUGAACCUACAGGAGGAGGUGGAUCUGUUGAAGGUCCAGGUCUCCCAGCUGGAGGCCAACGUCAACGAACUCAGCAACAUGCUGCAACAGGAGAGGGAAGAGCUGAUGUUCCAGCUUGCAGAGAAGGACUUGGCAGACCGGUCUGGAGGCCGUGCCACCAGCACGCCCAGGAAGAAGUCUGUGGCAGAAGAGCUACAGGAGACUCUAAGGAAGAAUAAGACCCUGGAAAAGAGGUUAAAGAAUCUGGAGAAGGAGAAUAAAGAGCUGACUUCAUCGCUGGAGAAGGACAACAGAAAGCUGACUGAGGACAAGGAGAAUCUAGUGAAGGAGAAAAGAACACUAAGAAAUGAAGUGAACCAGUUGAGGAAGGAACUAUCCGACCACCGAGAGGAGUCAGACAACCUCCAGUCAGAAAACACGGCCCUGAGCGAGGAGAAUGCAGAGCUCCAGUCAGAGAUUGCCGAGCUGAAGUCAGAAAUCAGCAGCCUUAAGACGGAAUCCAGCGGCCUGAAGGCGGAAGUCAAACGUCUGAAGUCACAGAUGCAGUCUGAGAGUCAGAGGAACAAACAGGCUCAACAGAAGAUGAGAGUGAGACUGGCCAUCAACUCUGCCAAGACGUCAGCAAAAUCAACUGUCAAAAAGCACCAGAAGUUCCUGAAUAAGUCCAUAGAACAGAUGAGUGAGCUGUUUGAUGGCUUUGAAGGGGACGAAUGGGAGGAAAUGAGUACAACAAGUGUGAAUGACUCAGCAGAUGAGCUGACAGGAGGAGAGAUGACAGGGGAGAGUCUGGGACAGCUCAUCGUGUCGGCUGCACGCAGCGGGGCCAGGGGGAAAACUCUUGAAGACACCAACGAGGAAGAAGUGAAGGGUUCUGACGCUGAGUCCAGCAAGGGAAGUGAGGACCUGACUGCAGAUGACAACAGCCUGACCAGCACGCUGACGGAACAGAGCGAGCUGACCGCGGAACAGCUGACGGCCGCGCGCACGAAGCAGAGGCCCGGGAAGAAGCCGGGGGGCAGGAGACACGUGCCCAGUCCUGCCGGCAGGGGCCUGAAGCAGAGGGUCACCAGCUUACAGCACCAGGUUGCCACUCUGAAGGCUGCGAAGGAGAAGACAGCCAAGGCACUGUCCAAGCAGACGGAGGCUAAUGAACAGCUGCAGUCUGACCUUGGGCUGGCCAACCAGAGGCUCAAGGUCACAAGGCAGACAGUGCAGAAGUUGACGACAGAGCUGGAGGCGUGUCAGACAGAGAAGGCCAGCCUGGAGAAGCAGCUGGCAGAGUUGGGCGACGCCUCCAUCACCUCAGCCGGGAGUCACACCGCCAAGUCUCACACUCAGGCAGACUGGAAACACCUGGAGAACAGGGUCAGGACUACUGCUAAUGAGGUGUCCAGGCAGUCAGAUGUCAUCAAAGCCCUGAGAUCAGAAAAUGAAGACCAGGCUGUACAGCUCAGGACAUACCAGGAAAGAUGUGGUCGGCUGGAGCGAGACGUGACAAUGAAGAGGACACUGAUCGAGGACAUGAAGCUGAAGGUGAAGAUGGCUCAGGAGAACGCCCAGACAGACAGCAGCGCUGUGGGGAAGCUCGAGGAGAGGAUCAAGGCACUGACGCUGGACAACGAGCAGAAGAAAACACAGUUGGGUUCCCUGAAGAGGAGGAUAUCAGCAGUGACAAAGGAUAAGUUUCACUAUGAGCAGUUGUACUUCCAGACACAGCAGGAUCUGGAAAAGAAGACCAAACAGCUACAGGAGACACAGACGAGGCGUCAUGAGGCUGAGACGGUGGCGUCGGAGCUGGAGUCAGCCGCAGCCCACCAGCUGCAGGGUCUGGCCACCAAGAGUGAGCUCGCCAUCGAAGCAGUGGAGACAAAACUCAACAGGAGCCAGACCAGGGUCGGGGAACUCAACACUUUUGUGAAGGCCCUGUCAGCAGAGCUGCUGCACCAGCUGCAGUCCACCCGGCGCCAGCUGCUCAGGCAGGAGGAGGACAGCAGGAGAACGAGGGAGCGAGAGAGAGGGCAGAAGGACGAGUCCCUGACCAAGGCCCAGUCCCUGGCCUGCUCCAUCCUCAACAUCAGCGAGGCUGACCUGGACGACAUCAUGAACCCGGAGGAGGAGACAGGAACGGGAGUUGAUGUGAAGGCUGAGAAGAAGAAAGACCAGCAGUGGAACAAGAAGCUGGAGAAAGUGCUUAAUUCCAAGGUACCCUUUGCCACAGCGUUGUUAGAGCUGGUUGUGGAGAAGAUGGAGGAGAGAGUAGACCUGCUGGAGAGACUGUACAAGACACAGGGCAGGGGGGACUGA